AUGGGUAGAAGCAGCGACCUCUCCAGGGUACGGACAUAUGAAUCGAUGGGGAGGUCUCUGAACAAACCUCUCAAUACCGGUAAUCUCCCCAGGAGCGAAGCUGCAUAUCCCGGAGGAGCUGGAGCGCCUGGGGAAGCACGGAGAAUACGUAUUUGCAACCAAGGUCCUCUCCUUAAAGCCAUGAGAGACACAGAAGGCGAGUUAUUACCGGCAAGGCACUCUGUUCCUUCCAUGUCGGCCGAUUACGAGGAUGGUUCGAUGGGUUGCAUUGUGCACCGGGUCGAUCGUUGCUCCGCCCGCCCUUGCCCCUGGGGGUUCCGUCAGGUGGGAUGUGCGACUCGCGUGUUGGGCUUGGACAUGACGUGUGUUCCCACCACAGGGCCUGAUCUCUAUGAGGCGUCGAGGACGGACUGCGAAUGA